CAUAUUUAUAUUUCAGCCAUCGUCCUCCAUACCAAAGAGGCUUUGACCUCUUUGGUAUGGAGGCCAAAAAGGCAUGGUCUUAAUGAGAAAAUGAACUGUUGCUAAAUAGCGCUUUCAGAUGUCUUCUUGCUUCUGUCAAAGUUCAUGCUGAUGAAGAGACAGCUGAUUUAGAGAAAAAUCUUUCAAUUUGAAAAUAGUUGCUGGAAACCCUGAUGUAUUUAUACCUGCCAUGUUAUAUAGUGUCAUGGAACAGGUUCUAAAGUAAUGGUAUGUGUGCAUAGCAAACAUAAAAAACGUAGCAAAAAAAAAAAAAAAGAAAAAAAAAAGGUAUGUGUCAGAGCAAACUAGCUUUCUGUAAAUUAGAGCUCUAUAAAAUGAACAUGUAUAAAUUUUUUCAAGUGUAACCAAAUUACUGAAGCAAUUGCAGUAAAAAAUAUCCCUAUUAGACUGCAUAAAACCAGUGUUUACUGUGUCCCUGAGAUCCAGAUGUGUUUGUAAAAAGAAUUACAUGAUCAGCAGUACUUUUGCUGGGUUUUGAGUGUAGAAGUAUGUGUUUACAAAAUACAUGUUUUACUCGUACUUGUUUGGUUCCUCUAAUGUGAAGCUGGAAGAUACAUAGUUCUUGUUUGUAGAAAACAUUCACUCCUGAUACAAAAAUUAGAAGAAAAACUUGGGUAAUUUCAUUAUGAAACUUUAUGUGAAUUCUUGUUUGGUUUUGACUGAUACUCCUGUCUGAUGAACCAUGCUUUGUGAGCUCUGGAUUUUUCUGGUACAAAAGACUAACUUAACGCCUUUUAAUUUAGAAGGUUGGAUUGGUACAUUCUUUCAGCUGCUUCAGAUGGGCCACAUUCUGAGUCAGGAAUUCAGCCUGCCUGGUGCUAGGUGUAGCUGGGAAGUAAGCAGUAUAGGGGAGAAAAAAAUAUAUUACAGUAUAGAAGUUUGCAAUUAGUCAUUGACUGCUGCAUUUUUAAUAGAAAACAUAUUUUAGCGAUUUUUUUUUAAAUCAGGUGCUCUAUGGAUGUGUAUAGUUUUAAAUCCCCACUGCAAGUUGGAGCAGAAGGCCAGUUGGCUAAAACAGCUGAAAAAAUGGAACAGUGUGGAUGUUUGCCCCUGGGAAGAUGGAAACCAUGGAAACGAGGUGCCCAAUUUAACCAAUGCUUUGCCUCGGGGUGAAAAUGCUAACCAAGAUUCAUCGAACAGGCCCCAUCGGACAGUGUUCACUCGAGCCAUUGAGGCAUGCGAUCUUCACUGGCAGGACAGCCACUUACAGCACAUUAUCAGCAGUAACCUAUACACCAACUACUGUUACCAUGACGACACUGAAAACUCACUCUUUGACUCUCAUGGGUGGCCCCUCUGGCAUGAACAUGUUCCUACAGCCUGUGCGAGGGUGGAUGCAUUACGAUCUCAUGGAUAUCCAAGAGAAGCACUGAGGCUGGCAAUAGCUAUUGUUAAUACACUAAGAAGGCAGCAGCAGAAACAGCUGGAAAUGUUCCAGGCUCAGAAGAAAGGAGUAACCUCAAUAACGAAUCUUGAAGGUUUGGUGGGACACCCUUUGGAUCCAAUUGGCACCCUCUUCAGUAGCCUGAUGGAAGCCUGCAAGGUGGAUGAAGAGAGCUUCCAUGGAUUCUCAGACUUCACAGGUAAGGCUGUGCAAAGGAAGAUAUCUUUUACAUGUCUUCAGUAACCAGAGGCAUUUUUC